GCGUAUAUACGCUUGGCGGAUUAAUACAUCGUAUUGAGUUCUCCGGCUUGUUUGUUACACUCCCACACUCCAUGUAGAAGACCGUAUGAGCUAAGAACAGCGUUCGCAUUUCAAUCACCGUGCCUUAGAUAUGAACUCUAGUUUGAAUCAGGUGGAAUUGCUGCUAUUUUGAUUUUUUUCGAUCAGUUGGACACCAAGGUGACCAUCUUGUAAAUACCACACUAUUCAACAUGUCCAUUUAAUGCUAUCAUGAACGACUUUGCACCUGAAGGUUUUACUCAAAGCAACAACCAAAUGUCUGGCAAUAAUGAAGUACCUACAUUAAUUUAUAAGACGCAACCAUCACAAAAACCUGUAAAGAUUGCUAGUUUGAAACACAGACUCUUAGAGCGUGCGAGCAUUGACGAUGACUUACAGCCUUCAGAAUGGACAGUGACUCCCCCACCACAGCCUUCAACAUCAGCGCAGAUGCCCUCAGUGGCACCACCACCACCACCGCCGACAUCGCUACCACUAUCAGAACCAUCGCCAUUCAUUGCCGAAUAUCAGCCCUUGAGCUCAACAAUAAACAGCGAUACACAAAUGAAAAACAUUUCUACCCUAUUCAUCAGUGAUGUUAGAAAGCCACAAAUGCCAUGUGCUUCGAAACAGGAAAUAGAUGUAUUUGGUAGCCUGCCACAAGGGGAUAGAAAGCAGUUAGUUCAUAUGGCGCCAUUAGUUACUGCAUACCAACCAAUGGGUGAAGAGUACACUCAAACUAUUUCUCAGGCUGUAAUGAGCAAGGAAAUAGAAGUACAUACCAGCAGAGAAGCCAUGCCUGCAAAUGAAAUAAAGCGGGAACCCACUGAAGGCAUACAUAAUAUGAGUACCAAACCAACUAGCACUGUUACUAAUAGUACUGUUAGUAUUGCUAGUAGUAGCGUUAAUGUCAGUACUAAUGGAAAGACUGGCAAAACAAAGGAAGCAUUUACACGGAAUUGUGCAGUUUGUGAUGACUUAGCUUCAGGAUAUCACUAUGGUGUCUGGUCAUGUGAAGGUUGCAAAGCAUUCUUCAAAAGGAGUAUUCAAGGCUCAGCUGAGUAUGUAUGUCCUGCCACCAACGAAUGUACAAUCGAUAAACACAGAAGGAAAAGUUGUCAAGCGUGUCGACUUCGAAAAUGUUAUACCGUGGGCAUGAUGAGAGGGGGAGUGAGGAAAGAUAGGAAACCUGGCGGGAGAAGCAAGUACAAAAGACCAUGUGAGGAUAAUACAUACAGUGAAAACGGUAUCCCGAAUAAAAGGAAAACGUGUAAUCCUAUACUACUGGCAUUGGUAGGGGCUGAAAAUGAACAGGUACAUUUCACAGAGAACGUUGAUCAUAGUGAACAAAACUUUCUUAUGAAGACACUCAUACAACUAGCGGACAGACAACUAUUACAAGUGAUUACAUGGGCAAAGCAAAUCCCAGGUUAUACUACCCUUGAACUUGAUGACCAGGUUCGACUGCUUGAAAACAGCUGGCUAGAAAUUCUUUUAAUCAGUCUAUGUUAUAAAUCCAUGCAGUAUAAAGGCGAAAGAAUUUACUUUGCGCAAGGCUUGACUAUUGGCAGGGAGGAGUACGCUGCUUCUGGUUUUUCUGAUCUAUGUCAGCACAUCGCAGCCCUGGCUAAUAAGUUUUUUGCACUCUGUAUCACUCUAGAAGAAUUUGUUUGUCUCAAAGCUCUAGUUCUUGUCAAUUCAGCUAUGGAACUACAAAGUCAAGACCAGUUAGCAAAGCUACAAGAUGACUUGACAGAUGCACUAACUGAAGCUGUGGAAUUCUCGAACCCCACGGAAGCGAGGCGACUCCCAAAACUCUUAAUGUUGUUAACGCAUCUCCGUCAUCUAAGUUGUAAAGGAAUUGCGCAGUUAUUUGAAGUAAAGAACUCAGGCAACGUUCCUUUAUAUGAUUUAUUGCUUGAAAUGUUGGAUGCUAAUACUUUAAUAAGCCGACAACAGAAACCAGUUCAGGACCCAGUAGGUGAAGAGCAGCCCAUGGCACAGGGUCCUAAUCAAAGUGGCAAUUGCGAAAAUCUGUGAAACUUUCAUUUAAAUAAAAAAAGUAUGGAUCUGCAGCAGUAUGACUAGACUGCAGAUAAACCAGUGUGUGCUAUACAGAAGCAAGAUAUUUUAAUACGUUGUCACAUGUUUAUGGAGAUUAUAUAUUUUUGUCAGUGGGAUAUGCAGUAAAAUGUAAAGUACAGGCAGAAUGAGUUUG